AUGCCUCACAUUGAGCCCAAACAGCUGCCGACAAAGGGGAAGCCGUGGGCGCCUAUCCUGGGCCAGGGGUUCAACUAUAAGGUCGACCUCGUUCUACCACAAGAGUGCUUCGAGCUAGUUCGCCAAAAGCUCGUCGAGGAGCUCCCAGCACCGACGUUCCACCGCGUCAUCAUGACACUCGGGCAGGUUCUGGACGGCGGGUUCUUUGAUGAGUACGUCAAGAGAGGCAAUAUUCUCAUGCUCUCCGAGGGCAGGACAAACGUCGAAAACGUCUUUUCACUUCGCGAGGGCCUGUUGACCAUGUAUCUCGACAAGGAGACGUACGAGCGCGCCGGUCUUGUUGGAAAGCCUCACGGUGUCAGGGGGAAGAGGGGCUUGAAGCCGCGAUGGGCACCAUCACCAGAUCCGCUGGACCAAUAUUUCCCAACAAGAUACACGUGCGAGCCCUCCCUCUUGCCCGACUUCCAGGUCCAGACACCACCGUUGUCACUCCCCCUGGACGUUAUUCAAAACGGCGACAGACCGGGCCUCGAAGACUUUGCAACAGAGACGUACGAGUGGCUUUCCCUCAUCCGUCUGCAGAGCCCCCGCGUCAAGACAGGGGAUAGCAUCGACCCGUACCUCUCGCGCUACCGGGUCCCUGGAGACUCGGACACGCCGUCACACGCAAAAGUGUGCAAGAUCUCAUGGCAGGGCUUCUUCACCUCGCAGUGGGUGCGCAGCGUCCUCAUCAACGCCCUCUUCGCGAUGCCCUCGCGUACCUGGUUCUCGCUAAACGCGACGUCCUUUUCAAAGGGCAUGGCGGGCGACAGCACCGAAGUCGCAUUCUUCCGUCCGCCAGAAUCGCCUGGCCAUUAUCUCUUUUGGGAAAUCAAAGGUGAUGAAUAG